GUGGUUUCGUGCUCACACACUCCAGCUCUGGAAGCCAAACAGUGCAGACAUGGCUUCAACAUGGCAUCAAUCAUUUAUGUUGUGUUGUUUAGGUUUGCUCACUGGAGCUGAAAUCCUUCUGGGUGGAAUUAACAGAUCACCUACAUCUCCUUCUGUCAAUCAAACGCCAUCUUCGUCUGGACCCACUGUGCUGAGACACAGCACGAGGAGCAAUGAGAGAAAAAUCACUCCUACAAAACCUCCUGCGAGGAUCUUCUCCACCAGCGCAAAGCCCACGGAGGUCCGCUUCGGCACUGAAGAUCUGGAGGAGAAGAUCGAGCCAAAGCUGGAGAGAUGGGUGUGGGGUAAAGGAGAAGAGGACGAGCCAACCAAGUUAGCUAAUCUAGCAAGGAGCUCUUUCAGGAGCCUAGGAAAGGAGUCUAAGAAGGUGCAAACGAAGAGAAUUUCUGCAAAAUCUGAGAAAACAAAACUCAAACCCAAACCGAGAAAGCUGGGGCCAACCUUGCCUCCAGAAUGCCCUCCACUGGGUUUGGAGAGUUUGAGAGUUAAAGAUGCCCAGCUGCAGGCCUCAUCAUAUAAACGCCGUGGUCUCGGACCCCACCGUGGACGACUCAACAUCCAGUCUGGUAUUGAGGAUGGGGACAUUUAUGAUGGAGCUUGGUGUGCACUACAUGAAGACAAGAAACAGUGGCUUCAGGUCGACGCUUUGAGAGCCACUCGCUUUACGGGGGUCAUCAUACAGGGCCGCAGUUCCAUCUGGAGCUGGAAUUGGGUUGAAACUUUCAAGGUGCAGUUCAGUAACGACUCCAUCAGCUGGAAGCCCUGCAUGAACGGGACACAAGAGGCGGUGUUUGAGGGGAAUCAGGACACCGACACUCCAGUGCUGGCCAUCUUCCCCGGUUCUGUGGUGGCACGGUUCGUUCGGAUCAACCCACAAACGUGGUUUAAAAAUGGAACCAUCUGCUUGCGUGCAGAAGUGUUGGGCUGCGUGCUACCGGACCCAAAUUACAUUUACGAAUGGCAAGUUGAAGAAAAAACCCAGGACAAACUGGACUUCAGACAUCACAAUUACAAAGAAAUGAGGAAGCUAAUGAGGUCUGUGAACGAGGCUUGUCCGGACAUCACACGCAUCUACAGCAUCGGGAAGAGCUACAUGGGCCUGAAACUCUACGUGAUGGAGAUCUCUGAUAACCCGGGCAAACACGAGCUGGGCGAGCCGGAGUUCCGUUACGUGGCAGGGAUGCACGGGAACGAGGUUCUGGGCCGAGAGCUGCUCCUAAACCUGAUGCAGUACAUCUGUCAGGAAUACAAACAGGGCAACCAGCGCAUAGUCCAUCUAGUUAAAGAGACUCGCAUCCACCUACUGCCCUCCAUGAACCCCGACGGCUACGAGAUGGCCUACAAGAAGGGAUCCGAGCUAGCCAGCUGGGCUCUGGGUCGUUACAGCUACGAAGGCUAUGACAUGAACAACAACUUCGCCAAUCUGAACUCCGUGAUGUGGGACGCCAUAGAGCUGGAGACGGACAAGUCCAAACUCAUCAACCAUUACAUCCCUAUUCCUAAACAGUACACAUCGAAGGACGCUUUGGUGGCCCCGGAGACGCGCGCCGUGAUCAGCUGGAUGCAGUUGAUCCCCUUCGUACUGAGCGCCAACCUGCAUGGCGGUGAGCUGGUGGUCACGUACCCGUUCGACAUGGCGCGAGACUGGGCUCCUCGCGAACACACCCCCACCCCGGACGACAGCUUCUUCCGCUGGCUCGCCACCGUCUACGCCAGCACCAACCACGCCAUGUCCAAUCCAGACCGCCGGCCGUGCCACAACAAGGACUUCACUCGGCAAAACAACAUCGUAAACGGCGCUAACUGGCACACGGUGCCUGGCAGCAUGAAUGAUUUCAGCUACCUUCACACAAACUGUUUUGAGGUGACGGUCGAGUUGUCAUGUGAUAAAUUCCCUCACGCCAGCGAGCUGCCCACAGAGUGGGAGAACAACAGAGAGUCGCUGCUGGUCUACAUGGAGCAGGUCCACCGAGGCAUUAAAGGAGUCAUAAAGGACAAAGAAACCAAGGCUGGAAUCGCAGACGCCAUCGUUAAAGUGGACGACAUCGACCAUCACAUCAGAUCCGCAUCUGACGGAGAUUACUGGCGCCUGCUGAACCCCGGGGACUACGAGGUGACGGUGAUGGCGGAGGGAUACGUGCCAGUCACGCGCUCCUGCAGGGUGGAAUACGAGCACUACCCCACCAUCUGCGACUUCCAAUUAUCCAAAACACCCAAGCAGAGGCUGCUUGAGAUCCUCGCCAAGGGGGGAAAGAUCCCCAAAGAGCUGCAGCUCCGACUGCGCCAGCUGCGUCUGCGCAAACCGGCUGCCAACAACCGACAGCGGACUGCACAGCGGCGUGUGGUCGGGAAACCACUUUGACCUUUGACCUGCUUUUCAGGGCGGUUACAGGACACUUGUGUAUUAUGAAUUAGAUUUGGGAUCAUUUUACAUUGCCUGUACUUCAAGAGUUUAUAAGCAACACAUUAUCAUUCACGUGGUUUACCUCAUUUUUCAGUCUGGAACUGAUGUUUUUUAAAAUAACAGAAUUAAAGUUUGAGCGCUCAAAAUCA